AUUCGUGAGUGUUCGUCCUCACAGCCACUCUUUCAUAUUUCCUACACCACGCUCUUUAACCAUGCGCUCCCUCUUAGCUCUCGCAGCUUUGGCCCUCAGUGGCACCCUCGAUCUCGCUGCUGCAAGUGUCUGUAAGCCUCGCGCCUCUCAUCUCAGCUCCGCUACAACCGAUCUCACUCCCUCCGACACCGCGACUUCAGCAGCUGCUUCAGAGACCGCCGGAUCUAUUGUUAUAAAGAGCGUCGUCGACGGCGGUGGUUUCUCAGUUGCUCCACCAGAAGGUGGCGUCCCAGGCUUCACUGUUCAAGGUGACGGCGGAAUCGUCGUUGGACCAGGUUACAAGGGCGAUGGAAGUAAAGACUCAGGCUGUCUUUCGCUAAGGGCUAGUGGCGAUAAGAAACGAGAUCUCGGGAGCUUUGCUGGUGUCGCUCAGUCACUUGAUCAGUUGAGCUUGACUAGGCCUUACACCGUUCGCUUCUUUUACUUGGUUGUCACUGCCCCCUCGCUGAACUUCUGCCGAUUGACUGCUUCGCUUGGUAGCCAGACUUUCUUCCAGACAUGGAUCAUCAGCUUCGGAACCAGUGUGCAGUGGGGUAUGGCUCUUGAGCAAGUCACGGCUGCUCAACGCUCUGCAGCUCUGUCUAUCUCUAUGAACUGCAUCGUUGGCGGUUCUGCUCAGGUUUAUGUUGACUCGUUGUUCAUGUCUAACCAGGUUACUCCUGCGACUAUCGAUGACCAUCCACUUGAUCUUGGUGGCUCUGAUGUUUCUGACUUUACUACCACCUCAUCUUCUGCUAUUCAGACAACUACUUCGAGCAAAGUUGAAACUACCUCGGUGCCUCCGAUUAUUCCAACUCAUCUCCAGAGCUCAGAUGUUACUUCAAACUCUGCUACCCCUGGUACUGGAAGUCCCAACACCCUCCCAACUGGCAAUCAUACGCCGGUCACCGGAAACCCUAACACUGUUCCUACUGGAAAUAAUACCCCCGGUCCGGCCGGCAGCCUGACCUCCGCUGGAGCCAACACCCAAGCCACUACUCAGCCUGGUCCUCAGACCCCCGGCGCCCAGACAACUACAUCCAGCACUGAAAAGCAGACCGGCACUGAGUCAGCUGCGACAAGCGCUACUACAUCAAGCGGUAGCUCUUCCCCUCGCCAAUCCUCAACCAUCAAGCCUGACGGCCCAGUCAGUCGUGUCUGCGCCAAUAUCGGUUCAUCCUCUAUCGCCGGUCGCGGAUGCGGUAUGCAGCCUUACAACAGCGCCAGAGCAUACAGUCGCUUCACAAGCAGCAACUACCAGAAGGAAGACUGCGCAGCUCUUUGUCUCGCCGAUGAGAACUGUAAGUCUUUUGAGUGGAGCUACGGCAACAACUGUGCCAACGAAUGUCGUCUCAUCGCCUCUGUCUUGAGCGAUGUCCCUAUUGGUAACACUGGUACCCAGUUCACCUCUUACGACCGCAGCUGCAUCAUUUCCAAGCCAUGCCCUAGCUUUCCUGAGGAUAGUAUCUGCAUCAACAAGAUGGGCAGCACACCAAACAAGGGCUGCGUCCGUCGCAAGGGAACGCUCAAGUCUUGUGCUCAGGAAUUUGCGACUCUUACUGUUCAGCCUUGCGGUGGUGGCGAUCAGUGCAGAGACAUGUGCGCCAUGUAUGCUGAUUGUCAGUCCUACUCUUAUACUUCUCUUUUAUCUCAGAGAAACUGCAAGUUGUACGCUGGCACUACUGAUGAGAUCGCUGAUGAGGGAGGUAGUGACUACUUCUCUGAUAUCGGCUGCUGGGCUUGUGGAAAGAACAUGGGUUUCUCCACGUACGGUCUUCUCACCAAUGAUAAUGUUGUUCUCCCUGAGAUGACAUGUCAAGCUCCUACCAAGGCUGUCUCUGAUACUCCUACCACCUUCAGCACGAGAACUACUCAAGCUGCUGAGUCUACUUCUUCGUCAUCCGACGUGCAGCAGCCCCCAACCAGCACAACAGAGUCUUCCAGCUCUACAGCUACCGUCAUGACCUGCCCCACUGGCAUCGCACCCCCCGGGUUUUGCCAACCCCUCGACAGCCUCCCCACACAAUCCGUUUCACUCCCCGGUAUCCUAGAUCACUGGCCCCAGAGUGACGGCGACGUCGAGCCUCCCGUCCAGCGAACCUGCAAUGCCUUUGGUAUCAAGAAGGGCGGCUGGUGGGGACGCACUGUUCAAAGCAACAGAAGGCAAAACACCAUGGAAGACUGUGCUUUGCUUUGCCGCGAGGAGGGUAAUUGUGAAGCUUUCGGCCUUGAUACAACUAGUGGAUGGGGUAAUCAGUGUGCUUUGUCGACUUAUAAGCUUGGUACUGAGGGUAUUGAUCUCAACGUCCCGUAUUCUUUCUGGUGGAGUGACCUGGAUUGUUAUGAGUGCCAUGACUGUCAGGCUGCUUGAGGUCGCUGAACUACAGAAAUGCUGGGGUUGUAUAUAUCAUUUAUGAGUAUCUUAACAUCUAUAUUCUAGAUUCCC